AUCGACUUGUAAUCCAUUGCGAGCGACACCCAACAAUUUGUAAUGCAGUAGGCCAAACAUGCAGAAUUCAACUCUUUAUCUUCCUCCUUCUCACCUUUUCAUUCCAUUAUGGCUACUCAGUUAACACUGUAUUGUGUCAAGGAAGGCGAAAGCCUUUACAACGCCUUUUCCAUUGAGCUCCCUUCAAACCUCACAGUGAAUGCUCUCAAGGAUGAGCUCAAGAAAAAGAAAACACCUGAAUUUGACAAUGUUGCUGCUAACACGCUUGCCCUCUGGCAAGUCUCGAUACCAAUCGCCCAAGAUGCUGAUGAUACUCCAAACGUUCUCGAUAAUGUCCCAAGCAAGAAGAGGCUUUUACCUACAUCAACACUUUCUGAAGCGUUUGGAAAAGAAGCAGCAAGAGAAACGAUUCGUGUUCUCGUCCAGCCGCCGAAGAAAGUAUGCUCAAGUAUCGGGAGAUUCAAUAUUGUCCUUGAGUCAUUUAAUAACAAGAAGUUUGUCUCAACUAUAGACAUGGACAAAGCAACCAUGGAAAGGUUAAAGGAGAAAAUUAGAGGCAACUUUCCUGAUCUUCUCUUUGGUUCAGAAAUUAUUACCAUCAAAUAUAAGGAUUGUGGCGGUCAACUUCUCGAAGUAGAAAACCCAACAGAUCAAUUGCUUCAGCAAGCCUUAAAGGUCAUUUAUAAUUCAGCACAGAAUAUUCUAGUUGAGAUCAGCUACCCUGAUAAACCGUUUUCUGACUACACACUGAAGGAUGUUAACAGCUUCUUUGGAUUUACCGACGCGUCAGACCCAAGUUUGACUGAAAUACAACCACUUGAAGGGAUCCCCAUCAAUACUGGAGGCACGGCUGAGCACGACCACGCGAUUAAACGACUACAAGACGAAAUCGAAUCAAGGAAGAGGUGCUCCUUGCUUGAUAGUGAUGAAGGAAUGUUGAAGAUUGUUGAACCUAUGCUUGUCCAUGCUGUCACAUUAUUCACGGAUGAUUUAAAGCUCAGUUCGGAAGAGGAAAUUAGAGGAAGACUUGGCCGAGGAAAGGUGUGGUACGGUAUUAAAUCCAAGAAUGAUGAAGCUUUUUGUUCUUUGUGCGUGACGAAAGUACAAAAUAAGGAUUUCAAGGCGGCUGUCGCAGAAAAUAUGAUGCAACUCGAAUCGCAAACCACAGGCCGAAAACGUAUGCGCAGUAAAGAUUCAGACCAAGGACAAGACAUUACAACGUAUGGAAUCGUAACAGAUGGGAGUGAGUGGCAUUUUGUAGAAUGUUUACAAAAACCGUCAUCAGCGUCACCAUCUUUUCAUCUAUCGCCUCUUAAUCAUACCGUUAUGAAGAAUAUUAAGUGGGAAGAGUCAUGGUUGGGCAUCAAAAACAUCUUUGAUCACCUUUUAGGACUUGUAAGCAAGGCGAGGAACGAAAGCAGGCUGUAUAAGAGAAGAAGAAUAUAAUCAGUAAUACCAAGUAACAAACACAUAAAUUAUCAAUAGCAAAAUAUAUCCACAUAAAUAUAAUGAACAUGUGAAUGGAAG